GAAUCAAGAUGCCGAUUAAAUCAAGUGAUAGUGAGACUGACGCCCUGUCUCUGUCCGACCAGAUGAUUGACCUCUACGACGAUUCAGAAGAUGAAGACGACGACAUGUUUUCUUCAGAGGCGGAUGAUCUGCCGGACUCGACUACCGGAGAAGACGACAAGGGCCAACAGAACAACAAUUGCGACUCUAUGGGACAAGACCUGGGCAAAAAAUGCCGAGACGACAAAGCGUCGCUAGACGGAAGCGGUCAGAGAAAGAGGGGACCUAAAAAGAAGGCACUGACCAAAACAAGACAGGUCAAGCUUAAGGUCAGGAGGGUCAAGGCCAAUGCCAGAGAACGUAACAGGAUGCACGGUCUGAACUCGGCGCUGGACGAAUUGAGAAACCAUGUGCCGUGUCACUCCAAGACCCAGAAGCUGUCUAAGAUCGAGACGCUGCGUCUCGCCAGGAACUACAUCCACGUCUUGGCGGAGAUUCUCAAGUCGGGCGUCCGACCAGACAGCGUCACGUUCGCCAAAGCGCUUUCGAGAGGCCUGUCACAGAACACCAUGAACAUGGUGGCCGCGUGCCUGCAGCUGAACCCACGGACUCUGCUCCCCGAGUCGGCCUACUCCAAGCCCUAUCAGUUUAUGUACGAGAACUCCAUAGAUUUUGCUGGCAGGUAUCCGCCUGACCCGUACGCCAUGUUCGCCUUUCAGCCCAUCGGCUGCAACACAGAUCUCCCUCUAGUCGGGGCGCACCAAGGCUUUGGUUCGUGUCAGCAGAUCAUGCCGUACACGCCCCUGCCGAGCAGUUGCUCCCCUACUUCCGUGCUGCCGUAUCAGUACAUUUCCGGCCACGAGCAGCAGAGCGCACAGUUCAAUCCCGGCAACCCAGCGAUAGAUGGACUCUGCCCGCCAGGAAAUUUCUUGGCAUGUGACGUCCGCGAGUCUGACAGUUUUAACGGUUCGCAUUUUUCACCCAUAAACAAACGGCGACCUUCACCUUGUCAAAAAUCAUCCGCUAACUUAGCAAUCAGCUCCUGUCUGGCUUCACCGACUUCCGCGCCAAAAAAUCGUCAAGGCGACGGUCAGAUUUCGUCAUGUUCUCAUUUCGGUGUACCCCAUGAGCCAGAUUUGCGUACGCCGCCUUUGAGCCAUAUCAGACCUGUGACGUCAACUACCAACAAUCAUUGUUUCACCGACGCAGUGCUGGGCCUACAGUCCAUGAGGAGACCUGCACUGGGCCCC